GAAAGAGGAGGACAAAGAGAAUCUUGAAAAGGAGACAUUAAAAAACGAAAUCAAAAGAUUGAAAAAUUUAUUGAAGAAAAAAUCAAUUGGAUCAGCAGAAGAAAAAAAUCAUACAUACUAUCAAGAUGAUUUGGAUAAGUUGGCAAAAAGAAUUCGGAAUUCACCUGGACCUUCAAAAUUAGCAAAUCCCAAAGAAUUUAAAAAAUUUCUUUGUCAUGAAAUGGCAAAAUUCUACGAAAAUGAAAAUGCUCAUCUUGAAAAGGAAACCAUUUCAAAUAGUGAUUCUUCAGAAUGUGAUGGUGGCUGUAUAAUGACACUAUGCGGGAAAUUUAAUGUUGUGACUCUUGUUCUUGAAGUUAAGAAUGAACUUUGUUGUGGAAGUUCAGAACCAAUUUUACAAGCUAAUCUUUGGUAUGCAAAACGUUGGAUUGCACAUCUGCUCUAUGUUCUCAGAAAUGGACUUCAGAAUUUGAAAAGUUUCUAUGAAAAGACAGCAGAAAAUUUACCAAUAAAUUUUUUUGCCUCUCGGAUAAAUGAUAAAAAUGACAACACCAUUUUUAAGAGUCCUUCUCCUUCCUGGUUUCCAUUUCCUUUAUUCAAAGCAGCUAUAGUGGAUAAUCAACAGAAAAUCAUAGUCAAAUUUACAAAAGAAUAUGGUAAUAAGGUGCACAAAAUCUGUGAAGAGAAUAAUUUUGCACCAAAAUUAUUGUAUGCAGGGCAUCAAGAAGUCCUCACUUGGACUAUGAUUAUUAUGGAGUAUAUGAAUAGAGCUAUAAGUUUGGAUUCUUUGGACAUUGCUGAAUAUUCAAUGGAAAAACGAAUAGUUAUUUAUAAUGGAAUCAAAGAAGUUGUAGAACUAAUCCACAAUAAUAACAAGGUAUUGGGUGAUCUUUGCCCAUCCAACAUAGUAGUUUUUGACAAUAAUGAAGAUAAAUGUAGCAUGAUGAUAAUUAGUUUUAAUUGGGCUGGGGAGUGUAGACUUAUGAAGUACCCUCAGUAUAUGGACCCAAAUAUAUUAUGGCCAGCUGGAGCCAUUGGUGGCAACCUUAUAACAUUUGAACAUGAUAAAGCAAUGUUAGGCCAAAUCAAACACUUACUUUAUUUGAGCAAAGCAAUUGAAAUCUUAGCAUCAUUGAUAAUUGAAUCAAUCUCACUAACAGAUUUACAAUGUAUUGUGUUGAUAGCACCACCAGCAAUAUUAAAAAACCAAAAACCCAAAGUAAUCAAAUUGCUAAGUAAAAUAAAAGCCAACAAUCUAAUCAAAAUCCUUCCAGUUAAAUUAUUCAAGAACACAUUGGAUUUCUCACAUAAAUUGAUUGAAGAACACAAUUUAAAUUACAAUGACAGUUUUAAAUUUAUAUUUGAUGAGACUAAAUUAUUGGAAAAUAGCAAUUUCCCUGGUCAUUUUCCUGCUCCUGCAAGUAAUCAAAAUCUUGUUCAUUGGAUUCAGUCAAGUAGAUCAGAUUUAUUCCAACAGUACCAGGAUAAAUCAACUCAUAACAACGAAUCAAUUUAUGACAUAUCUGCCUAA